AAUGUAGAAAACUGAUAAGACAUACAUGCACACCAUAGGAAAGAAAGACUACAGGGAGAGUAACACCCAAUUUUGAAAUUAAUCGAAAGUGGCAUUAGUUGACUUAUGCCGCUCCGCGAAGAAGUACAAGACCAUAAAUAAAACACAGCAAAAUGAGUCAGGAUGAUAACAAAGGCAUAUAUCCCUCAGCACCUCUGGAACAGGUGGCGAGCAGUGAACAGCAGGAACAUUUGUUGGCCAAACCAGCGCCGCCCAGCUACAAUCAGGCAAUAGGAGUGGAACCCAUAACGGGGCAGCCAACACAUGCGGCAACAACACCGGCCGAUUCACAUGUUGUGGUUAUAACGCAACCUGUUACCACCUAUGGCCCUACUCCCAUUGAUGUCCAGUGCCCUUAUUGCCACAACAUUUGUCGCACUCGCGUACGUUCGACUCCAACUUCACGCACGCAUUUAUUUGCCCUUAUUCUAUGCCUGCUACAAUUGUAUUGCUGCAUUUGUUUACCCUAUUGCAUUUCAAGUUGCAUGAACACAAACCAUUACUGCGGAAUGUGCGAUCAUUAUUUGGGCACUUAUCAGCGUUAGUUGUUUAUAACCAACCACAACAUAAAUACAUACAAUAGGGUGGACCGAAAAAAUUUUCUGCAGUAAAAAGUUAAUUCUUGGACUUGGGUCUGCCGUACAUCGAUCAAUUUAAAAUUUUAUUAUACUUUGAUGAUAUUUAAUAAAAUUUGGAAAGUAUUUAGAAAAAGGA